GCACAGCAGGUAUGUGCACACCAAACACUCGCAAGGACACCACAGGAGGUUAUUUUCAUUCACAUAUUGAGUUCACAAUGAUAAGAGUAGUAAGAGGCCACAGUGGAUCCAGCUGACCGGGGGUGUCAGACUGCAUGUCAGAGUCCCUCCCCUCUCCCCCUUCCCCCUGCAGCUGUCUCUCGGAGCCUGCACGCAGAGGAGGGGAUGGGUCCGAGGCGGACAGCGGUGAGCUCAGCAGCUGCAGCCUUAAACCACUGCCUCCACAGGAGAGAACCAGCGGAGAGGAAGAGGAGCGAGGCAGGCUUUCAUUUGAUUAAAUUAUCUUUGUCUUGAAAAAGAGCAAGAGGACGAAAGUAGUUUCGAGGCUAUUUUGAAGUCAUGUUCGCGUCGUUCUCCAUGCCCAUGAAAGCGGAGCGCAGCCGGAACAAGGAGCGGCUGGAAGCCAACCUGGCCGGCCUGUGCGAGCUCGAGCUGCUCAAACAGAGACAGGAGGCCCGGGUGCUGAGCGCUCUCUGUCUCGGGGACUCCCGGGCUCCCGGCCGGCCGCCUUGGGGAGCUCUGCGGUCGGCGCGAUGCGCUCUCGACGCACCGAAAGGCGACGCGUCGGAUGAGCAACACAGCAGUCUCCAGUGUACACCAUGGAGUAUUAAGACAUCUUUAGAGCAACAAGUAGCAGAGCUGAAUGUUAACUCUGAGGUCAAAUCCGCAGAUCCGGCUGAUCUGGAGGACAACCAACUGAGCUCAGGUGGGGUCCUUGUUGAACAGCAGAAUAGAUCUCCUGAAUCAAAUGACUGCCCUGUAGUCCUGCGCUCCCUCUCAGCCACUGAGGGAACAGGGAAGAUGGAGACAGGAGAUACAUGGCAGGCAGACUCAAGAGGGGCCGCGGCUUUUGUGGAGAUGAGAGUUGUUUACCCAAGUCAGGAAGAUUUUCAACAAGCCCAGAAGGUAAAGACUUAUAUACUUGGAUUGAUCCAACGCCGAGCACUAUCCACACGACCAUCAAAGCCCCGAACUAGCCUGGCACAUGAAGCCCGAGGUGCCACUGUGGUGAGACAGAGUAGUGUCUGCUGCAAGGAAGAGCCACAUACUCAGAAACAGAUGCCUGUUCUAGAUAUCUCUCCUCCAUCCCAGUGUUUAGAGGAAACUGCUCCACAGUCUUGCCAUUACAUAGAGCAGGAGUGUAACUUCAGGGCAGGAUUUACAGAAAGUCCUCCACCCCCUUAUCACCACCAUCCCCUCCAGCAAAGUGUCCAGCAUCAACCAGGACUUUACCACAUGCUCAGACAGGCCUCCACGAUGAAUACCUCCUGCUCAACCUUGCUGGACUAUCCAUCUUUCAGAGUGCUGCAAGCCCACCAAGACUCAAGCAAUAGUGAGCCUGAUUCGCCUCAGCAAUACCAUUGUAACUAUCCACCUCCAACUCCGUCUACCCCUCUCCAACAGCCUUUACCUGAUGAGCAGCUGGUGAACGCUGAGUAUAUUCCGGCCCAGCCCUGCCGAGCAUCUACCAGAGCUUAUGCUCAUCACCACUCCAACCCGAACAAGGGCUCUGGGGUGAACAAACCCAACCAAAGCACUUACUCUCCAGAAAGAGGCCAUCAUCAUCAUCAUCAUCAAGAGCAGCAGCUAACAGAAUCUCAGACCCAACCCUCCAGAUCCCGAGGGGGUGCAAAGAAGUGUCGCUCUAAUGAAGACAGAAGUGGUGCCAGCAGGAAGUCGGGGAAGAAGGCAUGUAGGUCCCAGUCAGAGAACAGCCUGCAAAGGGUUCCAGAGCGGAAGUACAAUACAGUAGAGAGGGACGGUGGAGGAAGUGGAAGCGGUGGAAGGGGAAGCCGUAGUAGUCAAUCCAGGAGCAAGAAACAUCCGCACGGAGGGGCGAACUACCGCCGCUGGCAGUCCACACAGGAGCUAAGCCAGGAUGAGGCUGACCAAACACCUGUGCAGGCUCCUAUGCAGGGGUCAUCAGCUUCAAACCAAAGGGAUCAUUGUGGAAGACGGACAAGGAAAUCUCGCUCUACGCAAGCACCAUUUGCCUACCAACAUCACCAUCACUCACGCCAUCAUCAACAUAUGGAGUACCAGUUUGAGAGGGACCAAGUGCACCCGUGUCAGCAGCCUAGUAAGGACUACCCUCACCAAGGUCAGGGUGAGACUGAGUCCAGCAUGAGUGAGGCUGAUUCUCCAAAUUCCAGCUCUUUGUCAAGUGACUCAGACGAAAGUGGUGGUCUGGUUUGGCCCCAACAACUACCCCCUCAUCUUUCCCUCCCAUCACCUUCCGCCCAAUCUGGAGCCCCACUCCAGCCAAAGGCUUUUGUCAAGAUUAAAGCUUCCCAUGCCCUGAAAAAGAAGAUCUUACGCUUCCGCACUGGUUCUCUGAAAGUAAUGACCACUGUUUAAAGUGUAACUCUUUUUUAACUGAAAGAAUCAGGGGCCGGGUUCACAAAUCCUUUUUAAGAAAAAAAAAAAACUUCUUAAGUGCUGCUUUCUUCUUAACUUUGAUAUUCAUGAAUAAAGUGGUUUUUAUUUUCUUCACUUUCUUCUUAUGUUUCUUCCUAAGAAAAAACAUAAGAAUGAACAAGAUUCUUGAAAUCAAAGUUCUUACAUUUCUUUGUAAUUUUUUUCGUAACUUUAAGAUCAUACCACACCUGUCCUAAAAUUGUAAGAGUGAAAAAGUAAGCCUUUAAAUUCAUUAAUUUAAACACAAUUUUAGCUUGCUACUACUGUUUUUGGUGUAAGUCUCCUGUCUCUGGUACUCCUUAUAAAUAAGUUAGCAAAUUGGACAGUUAAUUUACCUUUACCCAGAGAAACUAACUAAUUUUGAAAUCUUUUCCUUUACUCAAAGUUAUUUAUUUAAGUAAAUCAUAAAUAUGGUUGUCACUUAUACAUAUUCUAACUGUUUUCUACAUGGAAGUACUUUGGGUUGCAGCUAGGGAGGAAAAUAUAGGCAUAGGCCUGCUCUAUAGCACCUGAGAGGUUCGUAAGUAAGAAAAUUAAGAGUUUAAUUCAUGAAUGUUUUCUUAAGAACAGUGUCAUUUCUUGAAAACCUUUUUAUUUUCUUACUAACGAACUUCUCAGAUGCUAUAGGGCAGGUAUGUGUGCCCUUAUAAUAGGUCUAUGCCUAUGCAUAGGCCUAUAUACAUUGUGUGUAGCACCAUUGACUAAAGCACCGAAAUGUUUUAAAUUAAAAUAAACAUGUUUGUCAACAUCGUUGCAAUCGGUUAGUUAUCAGUCUUAAAAAAAACAUUAGUUGACUUGAGAAUUGAAACAUUAGUUUCUCUGAGUAAAGGCAAAUUAGUUUAAAAUGAACUGUCAAAUUUGCUAGCUUAUUUUUAAGCAGUACCAGAGACAUAACUUACACCCAAAACAAUAGUGGCAAGUUAAAAUUAACAAUAAAUGUUAGACAAAUUUACUAAAACUGAAAAUCUAAAUCAAUUGUCUUAAAUUAAUUUAGAGGCUUACAUUUUCACUCUAACAAUUUUAGGGCAAGUGUAGCGUGGCCUUAAAGUUACAAAGAAAAUUAGAAAUAAAUUUGUUUUCAAGAAUCUCAUCCAUUCUUAAGUUUUUUCUCAGGAAGAAACAUAAGAAGAAAGUUAAAAAGAAUAAAAAUGCACUUUAUUUAUGAAUAUCAAAUCUUCUUUACUUUUGUCUUAAGACUGAAGUUAAGAAGAAAGCAGCAUUUAAGACUUUCUUAAGAAGGUUUUUUUUAAUCCUGACCAUGAGCUGCAGUGCCUUGAUCGAUGUAGAACAAUGGGCCGAACAUUUAAGAUAGUAAUGUGAGCAUGCGGGUACGCUGAUCUUGGCCAACAGAAUUGAUUGGAUGGUUUUAUAUCAGAUUUAACUAAAAGUUAAAAAGGAAAUGACCAUCAUUAUAUCAGCCCUUUGUCCUGCAUUUCUUGUAUAUCUUGUGAAAAGUUCUGUCGCCCUUAUUUAGGCACAUUUUUCCCAAUAUCCAUCUAAAUGUAAAUAGCAUCUUCCUUCAAUUAGACCAAUAAGUUGUGACUAGGCACAGAUAACUCUUGAUUGUUCUAACCAUUAGUUUAGGUAGGGAUAUAAAGCCUCAGUGUUACAAGUCAGAAACAGCACAAUGUUCGAAUGCUAGUUCAUGCCAAAGAUUUGCGACAAGAUCAGUUUAAACUUGCAGCUACUUGCAAAGCAAUGUGCUUGUCUACACAAUCUAAAUACUGCCGACAACAAUGCAACUUAACCAGACGUUACUCGUUUCUGUCUUUAUCAUGGAAGUAACAUACAGCAAUGAGCUGCAGGUCUGUUCAGUUAUUUGAUGAAAAAUCAUGCAGAACUGCAGACAUGCAGAGAAGAGAGAUCAGAGAGGCAGGAUGAAUCUUUGACUUAAUUGACACAAAAUGUUGCUUCACCUUACUUCCUGCAUGGUUUUGUAGGGUUAGAAUCAUGUUAUAUGUGUUCUAGAAAUCACUUUCACACAAUCAGAAAAUGUAAUCAAACUUUCUGAUUCACUGCUUUUUUUCUUUUAGUCAAUGCUGCUCUAUGAGCUGGAAGGAGGGGCAGCCUGUGAAUGUUGGGUUAAUUAAGAGCAGUGGCUCAUUAUAAACAUUGCUACUCCUAAAACACAUUUUCAAGAUGAUUCCCUCUUCAUCUAAAACUCUACUCUACUCUACUUGCUGACUUAGUUACAUACUAAUUGUCUGUUGAAAAAUACAAUUGGCCUUUUGAUCUAAAUCCAGCCUAUAGUGACUUAAGGCUGCCCGUAGCAAAGUAAAAUUACAGAUAAGAUCUUAUUUAUGUCUUAUCUUUGUCUCCUAGACAAAAAUGAUCACUAUUUAAGACCAAAACAAGUUUUUUGAUUCUGAGAAAUUUAAAUAGUUUGUCUCACAGUGGGCCCUGAGUGAGAUCCCUUAUUUUUCUUACAGGUGCCUCAUUCCAAAAUCUAAGCUAAAAGAAAAAUGUAAUUACUGUGAGCUCUCAGAUUUGAGAUUUUGUCAAAUUUUGUCAAAUUUCUUUUAAUUGUCUUACAGUUGUCUCAUUUCAAGCGCUCAGCGAAGAUGUCUCAUUCAUAGAUCUGAGCUUAAAGAAAAGUGAGACAAGUGUGAGAUCUCAAAUAUGUCUCAAUAUGACCAAAACUAAGAUAAAGAUAAGACACAUAAGAGACAAAGAUAUCUCCAGUUAUGUUUCUUAUAUUAUCCUCAUGAACUUCUCUUGAGAAAAAAAUCUUUCUUGUCAGUCUUAUAAAUUAAUUGUCUCAUUUUCGUCUGAUUAUAUGCUCUUAAAGGUUUCCUUGGAGCAAAGAUUCUGACAGAAAAAAUACACAAUAAAGACAAAAAUUGGAUUUUCUUAGAUUUGUAGCUAUGGGUAUUACACCGCAAACGGACAACAAGGAACAACCUGCGAUGAAACGGACUGCUGCGUCUGUCAGUGUUCUGUCAGGCACCAAAGUCAUACUGCUCACACCAAACUGAUGACAGCCUACUGCCAAUUCAUUUUUGGGAGAGACAAUAACACUCCUUAUAAGCAGGUUGCGGCAGUCUGAUGUUUUUCACGCAAAGCAGAAAACUGCAAGUGUCGAACCAAGGAUAUACUAAUGGCAGGGUAUUUACACUGGUUUAUCAUUUUUCUGCUGAGCGUGUUUGUAAUUACCUCCACUUGAGAAAAUGUCAGAAGUUAUGGAAAUGGUACUGGCUUUACAUGAGAACAGACUUCUGGGCUUGUCCUCUUGACUUGUUUUUUUUUCCUUUGUGACUUCUGUUUUUCUUCUCGUGCCCUGAUAUUUUUGCUCAGAGUAAUUUGUCUCCCCGACUGGUCGCAGCUGGUUCUACACAUUGAAUCAGGCUAAAAGCCUCUGACAAGCCUCGAGCAGCACCAAAGCUGCUUUUCACACCACACCGAGCAUAACCACUGACUCUCACUGACACUUGACAAGCCCUGAUCCCUGACGGUCGGCCCAGUGUGUACCUUUAGCCUGCUGAGACCCAGGCUCUCCCGACAGCCAGCAUGAGUCAGGCUAAGACACAAGGCUGCACCUUCUCUCUGCAAUGUUUUAAAAUUAUUGUACUAUAUAGUAACAAAUCCAUGGCCGAAACUUUGCUUGAUUUUACUCAUGAGUAGCUCCACAUUUUACAUUUUAUCAUUUAUAGAACAACAUUGUUUCCACUGAAGUAUAACUGCUUCUUUAAAGCAGGGUUUGUUUCCAGGUAGUCAGCCUCUAUUACACAUAACACAACACAAAAGGCUCCUUUUCUCCAAGCUUUCCACAUAUUUUUUCUAUUAUCUUUACCAACCAAUUACUCAUGAGCUCACAGGCAACGUAUGGUUUAGGAAUUGGGGGGCUACAAUGCAGAAACAAACCACAAACUUUCAUAUUUGUUGACAUAAUAAAUGUCUUAUUGUGUUUAAAGCAACAAUAUGUAACCUUUCAACCUUUGAACAGCAGUUUCAAAGGUCAAUUUAAUAGCACAAUAACUUUCAACAUAGAGAAUCUUGUCUCUCCCAUGCCCACAGCGCAACCGAUCCCCAGUUUACUGCGGUAUGUAAAUUUGCCAGCAGGUCUACAAAUUAAUCAUAAAUCCAUCUUACAAUGUUGGCACUUUCCUUGUACAUGGUAAUUGGCAUUGAGCUUGUAUAGCGCCAUUUUACAUUGCAGGUCACGUCUACACAUUAUCACAGCCCAGACAAGGCAUGCGGAGCAUCUUGGGUUUAAGUGUCUUGUCCAUGGACAAAUCAACAUGUGAUUGCAGGAGCUGGGGAUCGAAUCCCCCAACAUCCCAUUUGAUAGACAACCGACUCUUCCACUGAACCACAGUCACCCUAUUUGAUCUUAAGUUACCUUUAUAAGUUAGAAACUUUAGAAUUUUGGAACCUUACCCAUUCAACCUAUCUCAACAAACAUGUAGUAAAUGACUCUCCCCAAUGAAGCCGUUAAGCCACAGCCCUAGAUAUUAUUUAGUGUUGCUGUGGCAGAAUUGAGCUGUGACAACUCGCACAUUUCAAAAACAUUGUAAUCUUUUUCAGUUAUUCUACUAAUUAGAUCUCUUAGGAAACAAGCUCAACAGUUGAAGUUGAAGCAUGUUGCCGACAACAUACCUGCCUAUCAGUCCACUAGUCUGGUUUACACAUCAUAGAGCUGGCUGUGUUUAAAAUCAGGGCUGUUUGUAUGGAGUGUCUCCUCCUUGGUUUGCAGAGCUAACUUGAGCUGCAACCAGGUCUCCGGUGUUUGCAGCGGAGGGCUCUCUACUAGUUUAGUAGAAACUUUUUGUUGUUUUGCUCAGUGCUUCGUUUCUGUAAGAGAAGUUUUCCUUCCGACACAUAGACUAUAACUCAGCGCUAUAUUCUUAUUGUUUAACUCGAGUAGGGGGAAAUGAUGUCUGUAUUUCUGAAAGAGAGAGCUCACAGCUCAAUGAUUCCUGUUAUUUGUGCAAAAUCCGGUAACACUGUAUUACUGCACCUUGUUAGUCGACAUGGUUGUUUCUCACAACAUCUUUUCCAACUUUGCAUCCUCUGCUUGUGAACAAAUGCAUAAUGUCGAUGAGGUAUAGUCGGAACCGCACUAUUUGUGUCUUACAACAAUGCAGUGAUGGUACUCAGAGACCGAUCCACAGCAAACCAAAUUCCUACAUAUUGUUGCUUUAAAUAAGAGUUUAACUUAAGAAAAAAAAAAAAGAUCUCUCCUAAUAAUUUGGGGUUAAAGAAAAUGAAGUCGGACAUGGGGGAAUGUGACCACAGCAUAUAAAAUGAGAAUUUUUGGAUGUUGCAUCGUUAGUACAUUUGUAUGGUAUACAGGGGAGAUAUUUAAUCCAGCUGUAAAAAAAAUGUCUGUGAAUCAUUGAUAUUUUCUGUGUUGGCAGACACAAAACAUCAAGUAACUAAAGUAGUAAUCAUAUGACUUAGUCAAGAAAUCUCUGAAGUAGGAACUCUUUCUACUAUUUUCAAUGAAUGAGCCUGUCCAAAGAAUGUAUUAACUAGUACAUUGUCACUUUGAAAUGUUCCCAGUAUUAUCAUUAAAGCUAACCAUAAGCUUAUUUUUGUAUUACAUGUAUCAAAUUAAAAUGUUCCCACUGCAUAUACAAA